AUGGCUCUAAAUAUAUCUGGCUUAGUAUCUUUGAGUGUGUUUUUUAUGUUAACUUUAGCUACUGGAAUUUGGGCUUCUUGGAAAAGCAAAAAGGACCAGCAGAACAGAAACCCAACUGAAAUGGCCAUAGUUGGAGGGAGGAGGAUAAAUGUUUUCAUUGGAUUGUUCACUGCAACAGCCACCUGGGUUGGAGGAGCAUAUAUCAAUGGCACAGCUGAAAUAGUCUACCGGCCUUCAAAAGGACUGCUGUGGGUCCAGGCACCUGUGGGAUUUGCCUUGUCACUUGUUAUUGGUGGUUUCUUCUUUGUAAAUCCAAUGAGAACCAAGAAUUAUGUGACAGUGAUGGAUCCCCUUCAAGAAGCUUAUGGGAACGUGAUGGGAAGCUUACUGUUCAUUCCAUCACUGCUAGGAGAGAUGUUCUGGUUUGCAGCUAUCCUGGCAUCCCUGGGAGCAACAAUGAAGGUCAUCUUGGAUAUUGGAGGCUCUUUGGCCAUCAUCGCCUCAGCAUGCACUGUCGUACUCUACACUCUACUGGGAGGCCUCUAUUCUGUGGCCUACACAGAUAUCAUCCAGCUGGUUUUCAUUGCUCUCAGCCUGUGGGUCUGUAUCCCCUUUGCCCUGGUGAGCUCUGCAACAGAAAGUAUUUAUUUCACUGCAACUCAUAAAACUUACCAAGACCCUUGGAUUGGGAAGAUACAAAACCGGUAUCUUGGCAGGUGGCUGGAUGACUUCUUCUACCUG